CUUCAGACUUGAACAACUAAUCCUCGUAUAAGGAAUUAUCCCUGCUGCUUUUGACUCUCUCCGAACAUUCCCCGGGUGUGAAGGUCUGUCUGUAUACAGUUGACUGCUCGUGGGGUAGUGCGCUGCAGAGGGAGUGUCGUGUGAGAGUCGACCAUUGCCUCCUGGAAUUUCACUCAUCAAUAUCCACUCAAUUCCUAUGAGAAACUAUUUCCAUCUGUCAACGCAAUGGACCCGCAUAGUCAAUGGAUUUAAAUUUGCUGCUCUGACUUGACCGCCGUCGUCUAGAACUACUUCUCCGCAAGCAAGGAACGCCGUCUCUCCAGGCCGUAGCCUACGCUGCAAGAAUGGGAACGGUGCUCUCCAUAUCGCCAACAUCGAAGAAGGAGGCUAUUCUGGAUGACAGAAAAGAGGGUGACCACGCAAUCAAAACGGGGAGCGUAAAGAACAAUUCCAUGCUUGUCCCAGUUCUCACAUUGAAGAAACUGUUUACCACAUCGACCAAGAAAAAUAGUUGUAAGAAAGUCAACCCGAACGCCGCACAGGUGAACAACAACAGCCACGUAGACCAGCAAAAUAAUGAAAAUAACAAAAAAUCCCAGCAAUCGAGUACGGAUGGUAAGAAAACACCACUCGCUGUACCAGUGCCGGCGGUUCCUACCCAGAGCCUUGAACCUAACCAGCCCCAGGUUCCCUCUGAGAAUGUGAAGCUUUCGCCUGUCCAAAAGCAACCUAGUAAAGUAGACCUCUCGCCGAGGCGUGUGAUUAUCCAGGCAUCGACCGGGGAGCUGUUGCGCUGUCUUGGCGAAUUUGUGUGCAGGAGAUGCUGUAAAGUCAAACUCACCUACAAUGAGGUCAUCCUAUGGUUCCGAAACGUCGACCGAACCCUUCUCCUCCAAGGCUGGCAGGACCAGGGAUUCAUUACACCUGCUAACUUAGUCUUCGUCUACCUGCUCUGUAAGGAAUCGAUACCCGAUGAUAUCGACAGCGCAUCUGAACUCCACGGUAUCUUCCUGCUCUGUCUCUAUCUAUCCUACUCGUACAUGGGUUGCGAGAUAUCAUACCCUCUGAAACCAUUCAUGAUUAUGGAAAAUGAGGAUAAUUUCUGGGAUUGUUCUAUGAGCAUCAUCAAUAACACAAGUGCAAAAAUGUUGCAGUUAAAUGCAGACCCGCACUUUUUCACGGAGGUGUUUCAAGAGCUAAAAGAUGAAGGCGAGUCGAGGGACAAAGACUUGGACCGUUAAAUCAAAUUAGUGCUCCGUUGUAUGUUUCACAAAACCCCUGAAAUAGUGGUUCGAAUGUAAUAUUCAACAGUUUAAAACUAAUUGUAUUGCGUAACCACGGCUCAGUAUAUAAGAGCGUCUGCUAAAUUACUUAAAUGUAAAUGUAAAUGUAGGCCAAUCUCCUUUUUGUACACUUCUGCGAAUACUGUAGGAUAGUCACAGGGACUCCGUGGAUCAAUGGAAAAUCUGCAAAUACAUAAAUGUGGAGUUUUGUUGUGGGCAAAAGAAUAGCAGUAUGUUAUACGUCGAGAGGUGGAGCUAUCCAAGGUACUGGCGUAGCCUUUACGCAUCGUAAACCUAUGCUAGCACUUAGGACAUAGACGGGAAUGCACAAGGAAAGGGAUUCUUUAGCAUAAUUUGUGCCAAUUAUCACAAUAUUAAACACUGUGGUUUACAUCAUAUUUAUUUUUAACUAUUAUAGCAGAUUGUUUCCAUUUGAAAAAAAGUAUAUUUUAAUUUAAAAAAUAAUUGUUGCCAUGUUGUUGAUGUACUUGAAGUGACACAAAAAAAUAAGUUAUAAUGGUUUAAUGUAAUUUACCCUAUUUGUGAACUUGUAAUGGUGCAAUAGAUACUGGUCAAAGCUGGUGGUUGUUUUCAGCAUUUGUAGGUGCAUCUCUUCCAUCUACUGUUUCUCUCUGGCUCAGUGCUCUGCAAUGAAACAUUGGAGCCUGAGAGAAGGCCCUGGCAAUAUCAUGUAAUUGUGUUUUAUUUAAACUAGUGCAGCAUUCACUAACAGUAAAGCAUUUACGUUAUUUAGUGUCAAGGUCAGAUGCUAGUGCUUGAAGGAACUGGACUGUUGCCCCUACUGAUUGGUUCAGAAGAUGGACUUUUCUUCAUCUGAUGAGCCACCGUGUUCACAGUUAGCUGAUCUGUUACUGUGGCUCAUUUGCAUAUGUUUUUUUUAAUCAUACAUGGCUUUCACUUGCACAAUGUGAUUUUAUGUGCUCAGAGCAAUCAGGAACAACUCUGGUAUAGCACUCAUUUCUGGAGAGCUGUUCUCAAACAAACAUAAUGUAAACAAUGCGACGAUGGACAAGUAUUGACAGUUCACUAGUGUAUGUUAUUGCUGUGGAAUUAAAGAACUUGAGA